GGGCGGGCACCUGGAGCGGGCGUGGCCGAGUGACGGGACUCACACAGGCUCAGAAGUGGAGUUCAGGUUUGGGACUUUUGGAAACUCGGCGUUGCGACGUAAGUUUGUAGCUUCCCGAAAAGAAAUCUUUCUGACAAUCAGCAACGGCCGUUAGUAGCAAGCUUUAUGCUGACUGACCACCACUGGACCGGGUUUCCACCCGUGAACUUGACCGGCACCUUAGGAAAGUGCUUUGGGGGAAAAAGCCCACAAUUUUGCUGUGAGAAAGGACAUGAGGAGACUAAAGGCCUGGGAUUUUACCGAUCAGAAUGAAACCAAUGUUGAAAGACUUUUCAAAUCUCUUGCUGGUGAUGCUCUGUGACUAUGUCCUUGGGGAAGCCGAGUACCUCCUCUUGCGAGAGCCGGUCCACGUGGCCCUGAGCGACAGAACGGUGUCGGUGGAUUUCCACUCCCUCGGGGACGCUAAUGGGACACUGAGGAACGUGUCUGUCAUGCUGUGGGAGGCCAACACCAAUCAGACUCUCACCACGAAGUACCUCCUGACCAACCAGUCCCAGGGGACGCUCCAGUUCGAGUGCUUCUUCUUCCAGGAGGCCGGCGACUACUGGUUUGUAAUGACUCCGGAAGUGACGGACAAUGGCACGCAAGUUCCCGGCUGGGAGAAAAAUGUCUUUCUGAAGGUGGAAUGGCCCAUCUUUCACAUUGAUUUGAAUCGGACAGCCAUGGCUGCAGAAGGCACCUUCCAGGUGGGCCUUUUUACCACUCAACCGCUCUGCCUGUUUCCAGGGGACAAGCCGGACAUGCUGGUGGACCUGGUUUUCACCGACAGUCUUCCGGAGGCAAGAACAACGGGGCAGCCGCUGGAGAUCAGAGCCACCAAAAGGACAGAGCUUGCUCAAGUUCAGUGGGUUGAAUUUGGCUGUGCACCCGUAGGGGUGGAAGCCUACGUCACUGUGACGCUGAAGCUUUGGGGUCAAGACUCAGUCAUCACGUCUGUAGGACCUAUUGACAUGGUCCAAAAAUUCGGAUACACAUUGGCGAUGGCACCGGAAGUCACGUGUGAGUCUGUGGUGGAGGUGACGGUCCUGCCUCCUCCUUGUGUCUUUGUCCAAGGAGUGCUUGCUGUUUACAAAGAGGCCCCCAGACACCCGGGGGAAAGGACUUCACAGCUGGCUGAAAACAGCCUGUCCCUGGGAGAGAAGACCACAGCAUUUAACUGCACUUUGUUUGAUGUGGGGAAGAACAAGUACUGCUUUAAUUUUGGAAUUUCAAGGAAAAGCCAUUUUUCUGCAAAGGAGUGCAUGCUAAUUCAGAGAAAUAUAGAGUCUUGGGGACCAUGGCAGCCGUGGAGUCAGUGUAGCAACACGUGCGGGGAGGCUGUCCGAGAACGGCGCCGCGCGUGUCUCGCUUCUUUUCCCUCCAGACCCAGCUGUUCUGGAGUAUCCUCAGAGACCUCUUCAUGCUCCCUGGAGGAGUGUGCUGUAUUCCGGCCGCCGGGCCCAUCGCCUGUUCCGCCCCCGGUGAAGUCCAACAACGUCGUGACGGUCACAGGGAUAUCCCUGUGCUUGUUCAUCAUCAUCGCCACCGUGCUCAUCACUCUCUGGAGGAGGUUCGGCAGAGCCCCCAAAUGCAGCACCCCUGCCCGACACAACUCCAUCCAUACCCCUGGCUUCCGGAAGAACUCGGAUGAGGAGAACAUCUGCGAGCUGAGCGAGCCUCGGGGAAGCUUCUCAGAUGCGGGUGACGGACCCAGGGGAAGCCCAGGGGACACAGGCAUCCCUUUGACUUACAGGUGCAGUGCACCAGCGGCUCCUGACGACGAGGCCUCCGGCAGUGAGAGCUUCCAGUCCAACGCCCAGAAGAUCAUCCCGCCCCUGUUCAGCUACCGCCUGGCCCAGCAGCAGUUGAAGGAGAUGAAGAAGAAAGGGCUGACGGAGACCACCAAAGUGUACCACGUGUCUCAGAGUCCCCUGACAGACACCGUCGUGGAUGCCACUGCCAGCCCUCCCUUAGACCUGGAAUGCCCCGAAGAAGCAGCAGCAGCGAGCAAGUUCCGAAUCAAGUCUCCAUUUCUGGACCAGCCUGUGGCAGGCACCGGGGAAAGGCCCCCCUCCAGGCUGGAUGGCGUCGUGUCUCCACCCAGCUGUGCGGUCAGUCCCAGCCAGACCCUGAUCCGCAAGUCGCAGAUGAGGUCAACCAUGGGGAGAGAGGGCUCAUCUGAGAGAUGCCACUCCAGAAGCUCCCUCUUCAGGAGGACCGCUAGUUUCCACGAAACCAAGCAGUCCCGCCCGUUCCGGGAGAGGAGUUUGUCUGCGCUGACUCCCCGCCAGGUCCCUGCCUACAGUUCCAGGAUGCGGACCUGGGACCUGAUAGAGGAUAGGUCCAGGCCUCCUAGUCGAAGUGCCCACCUGCUUCCAGAGAGAUCGGAGCACUUCCAAGGGGCAGGUCGGGCCAGCAGUCCCUUGGGCCCUCUCUCCAAAUCCUACACUGUGGGGCAUUCCAGGAGGAAACCGGACUCGGGGGAUCGCCAGGCAGGGUUGGUGGUGGCGGGAGCUGAGAAAAUGGAGCCUCACCGAGCUCACAGGGGACCUUCCCCCAGUCACAGGAGUGUUUCACGGAAGCAGCCUUCACCCAUUUUCCCCAAAGAUAGCUACCAGAAAGUCAGUCAGCUCAGCCCUUCUCACUGCAGAAAAGAUAAAUGCCAGAGCUUUCCCGUCCACCCAGAGUUCGCCUUCUACGACAACACCUCUUUCCGCCUCACUGAGGCUGAGCAGAGAAUGCUGGACCUCCCGGGAUACUUCGGCUCCAACGAAGAGGAUGAAACCACACUUAGCGUGGAGAAGUUGGUCAUCUAAGAAGCUGCAGGACCCACCCAGGGCCCUUUACCCAGCUGGCAGUAUCCACUGCUCACAUACUUUCUGUUAACUAUAUUGUAUAACUGUGGGAAUUGGUUCAAACCCCAGAGGAGUGUGUGUGUGUGUGUGUGUGUGUGUGUGUGUGUGUGCAUGUGCUCAUUGAGAAGAAGUUAUUUAUCCUGAAUGUUUAUCCUGAGCGUUUCUUUUUGUUAUCCCUUUUCUGUCGGCUUAUUACUACUAAUAAAAUUUAAAUGAGGCAAAUGUAUGAUGCAUUUUGAACGCUACACUGGAUAUUUCCAACUUUGGAAUCUGGAAGCUUCCCCCAAAGGGGAGGAGCCAUCAGCUGCUUGCCUCCGUGUGCAGAACUAUUAUAGGCGCAACCUUGUAACUUGCUUUGUUGUGCAUUAAGGACUAAACAAAGAGCCUAAAAAUGGGGCUACUUCUUUUGAAGGUUGUCACCAAGGUACCAAGUGGGACAAAUUCUUGCAGCCCAGUGGCCAUUAGACUAGUCAACAUCCGCUUAAAUAGCUACUUUUUCUUCUUUUUCAUGGUGACCUCCGUGGUGCCACACCCAUCCUGCCUUAGAUUGUUUUCCUUCUUUCCGUGUAUCAGGAUGUCGGCCUCCUGGUGAGGGUUCAGACAAGGGGAAGUCGCAGAUGUAAACACAGUAGUUUCAAACGUUAAUAUUUGUUGAGCUGCCGCUUGUGCCGUUUUUAUUGAACGUUAAAAUGUGCUUCCUUUGGCGCGGCUUUAGUGAUGACUGUCUGCUCUGCAGGAACAGGAGGGGUGGAUUGUCCAGGCUGUCUGACAACCCCUGUGCACGGAUGAAAGAAGAGGCAGGCCCGGUACUCUCCAGUGUCUUUAUUUAUCGCGCCAGAGCUUUGUUCCUGAUCCAAGCUCGCGGGUCUGUGUGCCAACCUUUGACACACAGGGCACAUGCUCACUCGCUUGUCCCCGAUCUCCCAGGGGAUUGUCCAGCGGUAUCAGACCGAGACCAAAACAGUUUUGGAGAAAUGGAGACUCAAGAGGAGCACUAUGGGCUGAAAGGCUUUCUGAUCAGCGAUGUUCACCGUCGGCCUAGUCCAGUUUUCUGGGGCUCUCCCCAACAGUGAACCUUGGCCUCCGAGAGAAAAGAUGUUUCAUGCCGUCUUUAGCGCCUAAGUUGUAGAUUUCAGUAGAAAGGUUUUCUGUUUCUAACCACAGUGUCUCCAUGUGCUAGCCCCAGUGGCUGCUGUAGAGUUGGGGCUCGAGAAAGGUAAAUGGCCAGUUAGGGAAAUGCCUUAAAAAAUCAUUUGUAGUUGAAUUAGAAUGAUUCUUUGUAAUAUGUCACACUGUAAAUCAUAGAAAGGAAAUAUGUUCGGGAGAGAUUAUGAGAUUUCCGUUUAUAGAGGACUCCACAAAUGGAAGUAUUUUUUAUUUUUAUUUUUUUGGUGUUAUUGACUUGUGUGUUUCCAAACAUCCUCUGAACUCUUAGUGAGGCUUAGACAACAUUUUGCUAGUUCUGUGUCUUAAGACUCUCUCAUUAUAUGUGACCCCCAGCAAUCUUGAGAAGCUUUACACAUUUAUAUAUUAUUGUCUGUGUUCCAAGCAGUCAUAACUGUCUGAGAUGUGUCUGCUCACUUACCUGAAAAUAAAUGUUCUUUUUAAAUAUAGAUUUUUAUUCUAAAAUUUAAAAUUUUUAAUUUUAGAAUUUUACACAAAUAUUAUAUUUAUAUUAUUUCCACCCCCCUUCUCCCCUCUCUAACUACUCCCUCUCAAAGUCAUAACUCGUGUGUGUGUGUGUGUGUGACUAGUCACUUGGGAUUGAACUGAGCCCUGUCAGGGGACUUGUUCCUAGAGAAAAAUUCUCCAUCUCUCAGUAGCCAUUGACUGUCCACGACUCUUCAACUAGGGCCGGGACCUUGUGACAUUCCCCUGUUGUGUUGGCAUGUUGGUAGCAUUGCCAGUACACAGGUCUUCUUAGCCAGCCAUGUUGUUCUAGUUUUUAUCUCUUAUCUCAGGACACUUCCAGGCAAGCUUCAAGCUUCAACUGUCAUCCGCAAGAUGGAUGGCUCUCAAACACAUGAUUUCCAACUCGUUGACAGUUGUGCUUCUGGAGAUCUUUGAAGUGGUCCUCCUCCAGUUGUGGUACCCAGCUGUCUUUUUGUCCUCCCUCAACAGUUCAGUAUCCGGUCAAAACACCAACACACAGCUGGCACCGGAGUUAGAAGCUUAAGGGUCGCUUUGAACUUGGUUUCACCCUAUCUCUUAAGCUCGUAAUCCCAGACUUGCUGGCAUCAUCUCUGUGUUCUCUGUUCCUGCUGCACGCUGUAUCAUUUCUUUUUCUUUAUUAAACGUUAUCUGAGCAUUUCGUACAAUGUGUUUUGAUCCUGGUCACCCUCCUGAUUCCAACUCUUCCCAGAUCCAUUCUCCUUCCCUUCCCACCCAAUUUUGUGUCUUUUCCCCCACCAAAGGCAAUUGCCCAAAUAUUCUUUCAUGUGUGGGCAAUCGACCGGAGUAUGAAGGAUUUAUCAUGGCUACACAUUUAGAGAAAACUGACCGUUCCUUUCUGGGAAGCUAGUGAUCGCUAAUCAUAGCCCCUCAGCCAGGGGUGGAACUUCACACUCAACUCUCUUCUCCAUGCUGGAAUUUGGGCUGCUUGGGCUGGCGAGAUUUUGUGCAUACUGUCAUAACUACUUUAGCUCAUAUGUAUAGCUACCAUGCUGUGUCCGGAAGACACUGCUUCCUCAUAGAUUUCCACUACCUGAGUCUUACAGGCCUUUCACCCCUCUCUUGAAGAUCCCUGAGACUUGGAAGGGGUGCUGUGAGGUAAUUUACUCACUUUUGUGCUGAACCUCCUGCAGUCUCUUCUCUGCAUGGUGGUAAGUUGCGGGUCUCUGUGCUGAUCCUGGCUACUGCAAACAAAAGCUUCUCUGAUGAGAGUCGAGAGGGACCUUAAUCUGUGGGUCCAAUAGUGGGGCAUCAGGAAUUGGCCUAAUACUGUGUCCACUUAGCAGAUUAAUAGUAGUUGGAUAUUCUCUAGUGCCUAGGGCCUGCCUCCAUAGGUUUUUGGCCAAGUAUGAUCCUUUCUUAAUAGAUUUCUAAAAUGUCCUUUUUCCACCUUACUCUCAUCUAAUUCACACCAUUCAUGGCAGUCAGAAUAUUCUUUGUAAAAUGCAAAUCUGAUCACUGCACUCACCCUAAGGAGUCCCCUUUCUUGGACUCCCAAUGACAGAGCUCAUGUUAACUUCUCAGCCCAGGUCGUCCAGGACCAGGCAUAGCCACUUGGCUCAAAAACUCUGCACACUUCGUGCACUGUUAAUGCACUUCUUCAUUCUGUAGACUUUGUACAUGAUGCUCUCAAUGUACAGAACCCUUCUCUGCACUGUCCCCCUGGUGAUCGUUCAAGUCUUCCCUCAUACUGUCCAACAGAGACAAUUGCUUUGCCCAUGUCUGCCUUUCUGAGACACUUUGAGCCCAAGGAGGGAAUAAAGUACAAUCUUAUUAUUUUUUAAUUCCUAUGUACUUAGACUAAGCACGUAGAAUAGAAUUUUCAUUCAAUUUUAUUUAAUUGUACAUCGUUACCUUACGUUUAACAUGAGGUUCAGUUUUGUUUUCAACUGGUGAGCAAAUCCAAAGCCCUUUGCAAGCGCUCUACCACUGAGCAGGUCCCACAGACACAGUUCAGUGGUAGAAGGUUUCCUUAGUGGCUUGAGGUCCUGGGUUCUUUUCAUACAACCACUACCACCAAAAUAAGACAAAGCAAAGCCCACGGGCAAGAGCGAGAAUAUUGAAAGAAGACUAGCUGUGAUUCUAGGUAGAAGUAACAAGGAAAAAUGUUUUACUUCUGGCAAAUGUUAGGACUAGUCUAUCCAGAGGCUCCAGAGAGAAAACUGAAGAGCUGGAGAUUGGGCUCCAUGGUAUAACAUUUGCCUAGCAUGUCCAAGAACCUGGAUCCCAUCCUUAACAUCACAACCGGAAGGGAAACAGAUGCCUGGGGUUGCUGCAUUUAAAUCCGUUUGGUAAAAUAGGGGAUGAAGGGCUGGAGAGAUGGCUCAGCAAUUAAGUGUUCUUGCUGCACCUGCAUAACACUGGAGUUCUGUCCCCAGUACCCACAUGGCUAGCUCACAGCCUUCGGUAACUCCAGUACCCACAUGGCUAGCUCACAGCCUUCGGUAACUCCAGUUUCAGGUUACCAGAUACCCUCUUCUUACCCUGAAAGCACCAAGAAGGCACCCCAAGCAGGCAAACACUCAUUCAUAUAAAAUAAAUAAUUCAAAAGAUUUCGAAUAGAUGAAAAAUGGGAAAUCAUGCCUUAGCUGCCUUCAUGAUUCUUCGCUAUGUUCAGAGCAGGCGCUCGCUCUAUAAAUACCUGUUGAAUGAGCAUGGAAUGACUCCAGCUGACGCCAGCAAACACAGCUUUAAUGAGUUCCUGGGAGGAGGUAAUCUUAACGUUGCUACCAUGGCCAGCUGCCAGGAAUGUGUGGUGCCAGGAGAGUUGCUGGAUGGUAGAGUGGUGGAAAUGUCAAUCUUGAAUAAACGUCUAAGAAUUUAGUAAGAAAGGCUUAGCAAAGACUUCCAUAAAACAGCAAAUGAAAAAAGAGUGGCUACCAUUUAAGGUUAGCUUCACUUAGCACGCCCAGUUAGGAAAAAACAAAAGCUGACUUACAGCCUGAGAACGUUCUCCAGCCUACACGUUUAUUCUGAACAACAACAACAAAAUUGUUGAUUGGAAUCCUCUUUAGGAUGAGGCUAUGCAAGCCAACUUUCCAGAGUUCCUGUAAGACUCCAUUAUCUUUCUUCGCUCAUUAACACAACUUUCCAUCCUCCCGAAGCUUAGAGGAAGCAAAGGCUGGAAGGAGAGAUUUUUGGAUGCCACAGUAGCCUAGAGGUAGGAUUUAGUCUUGAAAGCUGACUUCAAUGAGAUUAUUGAAGUGAUGGGUAUAGUGUGUGUGUGUGUGUGUGUGUGUGUGUGUGUGAGAGAGAGAGAGAGAGAGAGAGAGAGAGAGAGAGAGAGAGAGAGAUUCUCCUCAAUCACUGGGGUUAUAGGUCCAUACAUCUGAUUCUGUUUUUUUUUUAAUUGAUUUUUAUUGAGCUCUACAUUUUUCUCUGCUCCUUUCCCUGUCUCUCCCCUUCCCUUCAACCCUUCUGAUUCUGGUUUUUAUGUGGGUUCUUAGGAAUGAACUCAGAACUUCAUGAUUGUUCAGCAAGUUCUUUACUGGCUGAGUUAUUUUCCAUGCCCAGGAUGUUUCUUUACUAACUCAUCUUAAUUAAGAAUGGUAUCCGUGUGUGUGUGUCCGUGUGUGUGUCUAUGUGUCUGUGUGUCUGUGUUUUAAGAUGCGGAACCAAGAGUGAUUUUGGAUUUCUGAUUCUUCUGCCUCUGUCCUGAAUGCUGGGAUUUCAGGCAUGUGCCACUCUACUGUAAAUGUGGCGCUCGACAUGGAACCCAGGGCUUUGCCCAUCCUAGUAAAGCACACUGCCAGCUGAGCUACACCACCAGCCCGUAUCGUAAUGCUUUUGUUUAUUGCUACAGCCCGUGAAAGAUGAGAAAAGAGCUUAUUAUGAACUGUUUUCCAGAAAUGCAGCUAGGCAUUUUUCUCCCAACAACUAGGAAGCAUUUAUAGUGUGGACUUUAUGGACUAGUUUCAAGGCAUAGGUGUGUCACCUCAGGGAAUUUGCACAACUGUGGGAAAUGCAGAUUAAAGAAUUCUCAAGAAUGCCCAGCAAUCACUGUGCAAGAGUGAGCUCAUGGCUUCUCCCAUCUCUCUGACAUUGGUUCAUGAUGCAACAGAUGACUUCCUUGUAAAGCUGGCUCUGAAACGAGGGUAAUAAUUUCAUAAUCUUAAGCAAUCCUGAUCUGCUAUAAGAUUGUACUAAGUUAAAAUAAUUAGCCUUCACUGACUGACUGGCAACUCUGUGUUGACGCUAUCACAAAUUCUUAUAUGUAUCCAAUUAAUUUAAUUCUCAUAUCAAAUCUGAGUUAUAGUGCUCGUUUUGCAGCUGAAGAAAGUAAAACUCCUUGUUUGUUCAGUGCUGCAGCUAGUCAGGGAAAGUCAGGAACUGAGCCCGGUUAGUCUGGCUCCAAAAGUCACAAAUUAUACAUAAAACGUCUUGUAGCUAUUUUCCUUUAGUUCACCGAGGAAACAGUAAAUUAAUCACUAGCAGGCAUCCGAAACAUAUUGAAAUAUUCCUGGUUUAAAAAGUCAAUGAUUACCAGGGAGCCUGCAUAGGACUGACCUAGGCACUCUGCAUAUAUGUGAUAGUUGUAUAGCUUGGUCUUUUUGUGGGACUCCUAACAGUAGGAUCAGGGACUG